AUGUGGCUGAAGCCUGAGGAGGUGCUCCUGAAAAAUGCGCUAAAGCUGUGGCUGAUGGAAAGGUCCAACGAUUACUUCGUGCUGCAACGGCGUCGGGGCUACGGGGAGGACGGAGGUGGGGGGCUCACCGGGCUUCUGGUUGGGACUCUUGAUUCAGUCUUAGACUCUACUGCCAAAGUAGCUCCAUUUCGUAUUCUACACCAGACACCAGAUUCUCAAGUUUACCUGUCAAUUGCUUGUGGAGCCAACAGAGAAGAAAUAAUGAAGCAUUGGGAUUGGUUGGAACAAAAUAUCAUGAAGACCUUAUCUGUGUUUGAUUCAAGUAAAGAUAUUACUAAUUUUGUACAAGGAAAGAUAAGAGGAUUAAUUGCUGAAGAAGGAAAACAUUCUUUUGCAAAAGAAGAUGAUCCUGAGAAAUUUCGAGAAACUCUUUUGAAAUUUGAAAAAUGUUUUGGUUUACCAGAGCAGGAGAAGUUAGUGACCUAUUACUCAUGCAGUUACUGGAAAGGACGGGUUCCUUGUCAGGGCUGGCUCUAUCUUAGCACCAACUUCCUGAGCUUUUAUUCUUUUUUAUUGGGAUCAGAAGUAAAACUCAUUAUCUCUUGGGAUGCGAUCUCAAAACUUGAAAAGACUUCAAAUGUCAUACUGACAGAAAGUAUUCAUGUAUGUUCCCAAGGGGAGAGUCACUACUUUUCAAUGUUUUUGCAUAUUAAUCAAACAUACCUUCUUAUGGAACAGCUGGCCAGCUAUGCUGUAAAGAGACUUUUUGAUAAGGAAACAUUUGAUAAUGACCCAGUCCUUGAGGAUCCUCUACAAAUCACCAAAAGAGGUCUGGAAGAUCGAGCCCACAGUGAGCACUUUAAUGCUUUUUUUAGGCUUCCCAAAGAAGAAACUUUGAAAGAAGUGCAUGAGUGUUUUUUAUGGGUACCAUUCAGCCACUUCAAUGCUCGUGGCAAAAUGUGCAUCUCAGAAAACUAUAUCUGCUUUGCUAGCCAGGAUGGCAAUCUAUGUAGUGUAAUCAUUCCAUUUCGAGAGGUCUUAGCUAUAGAUAAGACAAAUGAUUCCAGCAAAGCUGUCAUUAUUAGCAUCAAAGGAAAAACAGCUUUUCGCUUCAGUGAUGUUACAGACUUUGAACAACUGGUGGCAAAACUCAGGCUCAAGUGUGGAACAGCUUCAAAUCAAUAUCACGAUAUUAGCACAGAGGUUCCUAUUGGUUCUCAUUCUAUAGAUCCAUCUGAUAAUAUUGAGGUACAAUCUUUGACAUGUCAGAGAGAAUAUAGUGAAACUGUGAACACUGAAGCCUUAAUGACAGUUUAUCACCCUCAGAAUGUGGAGAUUCUUAAUUCCAAAAUGUUGAAAGAAAAGAUGAAGGAACAGUCAUGGAACAUCCUAUUUUCAGAAUGUGGGCGUGGUGUUACCAUGUUUCGAACCAAGAAGACUCGAGAUCUGGUUAUAAGAGGGAUUCCAGAGACCUUAAGAGGAGAGCUGUGGAUGCUUUUUUCAGGUGCUGUUAAUGACAUGGCUGCUAAUCCUGGCUAUUAUGCUAAAGUGGUUGAGCAAUCCUUAGGGACCUGUAACUUGGCUACUGAAGAGAUUGAACGUGAUUUACGUCGAUCCUUGCCUGAGCACCCAGCUUUUCAAAGUGACACUGGCAUAUCUGCUCUGAGGCGAGUACUCACUGCUUAUGCAUACAGGAAUCCCAAAAUUGGAUACUGCCAGGCAAUGAACAUUUUGACUUCCGUGUUGCUUCUGUAUGCAAAAGAGGAAGAAGCUUUUUGGCUUCUGGUUGCUGUAUGUGAACGAAUGUUGCCUGAUUAUUUUAAUCGUCGAAUCAUUGGUGCCUUGGUUGAUCAGGCCGUCUUUGAAGAACUUAUCAGGGAUCACCUUCCCCAGCUCACAGAACACAUGACCGAUAUGACAUUCUUUUCUUCAAUUUCUCUCUCAUGGUUCCUCACACUUUUUAUUAGUGUACUACCUAUUGAAAGUGCAGUGAAUGUGGUGGACUGUUUUUUCUAUGAUGGAAUAAAGGCCAUUUUACAACUGGGAUUGGCAAUACUUGAUUAUAAUUUAGACAAACUGUUGUCAUGUAAAGACGAUGCUGAAGCCGUGACAGCUUUAAACAGGUUCUUUGACAGUAUCACUAAUAAGGAUAGCCCAUUGCCUUCAAGUGUUCAGCAGGGUUCAAAUGUGAGUGACGAAAAAAGCAGUCAUAUUAGAGUGGAUAUUACAGAUUUGAUUAGAGAGUCAAAUGAGAAAUAUGGUAACAUUCGUUGUGAAGAUAUACACACCAUGCGCUGUCGAAAUAGAUUGUAUGUGAUACAGACCCUAGAGGAAACGACAAAGCAGAAUGUGUUGCGUGUUGUAUCACAAGAUGUGAAAAUGAGCCUUCAGGAAUUGGACAAACUUUUUGUCAUCUUUAAGAAAGAGCUGUUUUUUUCGUAUUAUUGGUGUUUGAGUUGUCCAGUAUUAAAGCACCAUGACCCCAGUUUGCCAUAUUUGGAACAGUAUCAGAUUGACUGCCAGCAGUUCAGAGUGUUAUAUCAUUUGUUGUGUCCCUGGGCUCCUUCUGCAAACAAAGACUUGUUAGCUUUGUGGACAUUCAGAUUGUUGGAUGAAAACUCUGACUGCCUUAUAAACUUCAAAGAAUUCUCUUCUGCAAUUGACAUAAUGUACAACGGAAGUUUUACUGAGAAGCUUAAACUACUUUUUAAGCUGCAUAUUCCUCCAGCUUAUACUGAAGUGAAAUCGAAGGACCCUUCAAAGGACCCUUCAAAGGGAGAUGAACUUUCCAAGGAAGAAUUACUUUAUUUCAGUCAGCUCCGUGUUUCCAAACCUGCAAGUGAGAAGGAAGCAGAAUCAGUAAAAAACAGCCCUGAAAAAGGCAAAGGAAAAGUUGAUAUUCAAGCAUAUCUUAAUCAAUGGCAAGAUGAGCUUUUCAAAAAAGAAGAAAACAUUAAGGAUUUACCAAGAAUGAAACAGUCACAAUUUAUUCAGUUUUCAAAAACCCUUUAUAACUUAUUUCAUGGGGACCCUGAAGAAGAGUUGUUAUAUCAAGCCAUUGCUGUUGUAACCAGCCUUUUGCUCAGAAUGGAAGAAGUUGGAAGGACACUUCAUUGCCCUGCAUCAUCAGCCAAAGGAUUCUCUGGUACAGUUUGUGUUUCUGGAGGACCCAGUGAGGGGAAAACAGAGAGCCCCUUGGAGAAAGAUCCCUCCUUGCUCAGGGAAGAACCUCAGUGGUCAUUUGCAUUUGAACAGAUUCUUGCAUCUUUGUUGAAUGAACCAGCAGUGGUGAGGUACUUUGAGAAACCCAUAGAUGUAAAAGCCAAACUAGAAAAUGCAAAAACCGCUCAGUUAAGUUCUAGAUACAAGAUGUAAAUCUCUGAACAGGAGUUGCCUAUCAGACAAACUUACUAAGAUUCUUGUAGUUGUCAACUUGAUUCCUGGGAGUAGAAAUCAGGGAUUUAUCAUGUUAACCAAUGUGUUUGAAGGUUUAAAAAAAAUAUUUGGAAACAC